GCCUCACUUCAUAAGGUAUGGUGUCGGUUUAGUGUAGCGGUGUGACGACAUAAUUUACACGUGAACAGGUACAAAUGGCACAAUUCACAUACACCGAGUCAGAUUUCAACGAGAAUACAUGCAACUGGCAACAGACAGAAUGCCAGCAGAGCAAGUUUGAUGAAACCCUGCAAAGUGGCUGGGAUAAAGCUGUGGAAGAUGGUCACUUUAGGUACAAACUGGACAUUGAAGAAACAAGAGUGAUUGGUAGCAAGAAAUACAUAGCCCAGUUAAAUGUAAAGCGAGCUCAGGAGAGGAGGAAACCAGACGUGAUUGAAUCAGUAAAUCAACCAUUUAAUCCAGCAUCUUUUAAUUUCUUAAAAAUCAAACCCCAAGAAAUCCUUCUAGAACUUGUAAAAGAAGAAGAUGAUUCAAGGCCGAACAAUCAGGUUAACCAGACACAGGAAAAUGGUACUGAUAAACAAGAAGUUAAGAAGAGAAAUUUGGUAGUUAUAAAUGUAAGCCCCCUGGAGUAUGGACAUGUUCUGCUGGUUCCCGACAUAGAUGCUUGUCAGCCACAGGUAUUAACAGAAUCUUCAAUGAGGGUAUCCUUAGAGAUGAUGCUGCUGAGUAAACACAGAGGAUUUAGGAUAGGUUUCAACAGUUUAUGUGCAUUUGCCUCAGUAAAUCAUGCUCAUCUACAUGCUUAUUACCUAGAUAGGGAACUUUUUGUAGAAUCUGUACCAGUAAAGCAUAUAUGUGGAGACUUAUAUGAACUAGAUGCUAUGCCAGCUAAAGGAUUUGCUUUUCAACUACAUAAGACUGGAGUAGACAAAUUAUCAAAGAUUAUAUUCCAUAUAGCAGAUUACUUCCAGAAACAUGAAGUUGCACAUAAUAUGUACAUGAUUCGAGGCCCGGUUUUUAAUGAGGAUCAACAUAGUACUAAUAGAACUAUACGUGUUUAUUUGUGGCCAAGGAAGAAGUUUAUAGGUAGCAUGUGGUUAAAAGAUGAAGAAGCUUUCAACGUAGCAUUAGUGGAGCUGGCAGGACAUUUACCUGUUAAAGUUAAAGAAAUGUUUUAUGACUUGGAUGAAGAAAAGAUAGAGUCAACUAUACGAGAUGCAGCUCUAGAAGACAGUGAAUAUAACAGUAUCAAACAGGAUGUUUCCAACAUAUGUCAGUCAUUUAUAAGUUGAUGACAACCCCUAUUUCUAGCAAAUAUCUGUUAUUGUGAUACUGGAUAGACCAUUAUAAGAUCUGUAUUUUAUUUAAACACAAUUAUAUUGCAUUGUAUAGUAUGAAUUAUUUAUUGAACCAAACUUAAAUGUUACACAGUUGUGAUGGAAGUAGGUGGGAUGUGGAACUUGUAUGGAAUGGAAGUUUUACUGAUGUGAUAAUGUCUGCAGGUGCAAUUUUAUUUCACUUUUUUUAAGAAAAUGAAUUAUUACAAUUUUUACAGAAAUUAACUACACUCAUAAUGGAAUAUAUGUAUUAUUGUGCAAUUUAUCAUAUAUUUUGCUGCAGAAUAGGCUUUUUUGAUUUUUAAAAAGAAAAAGAAUAUGAUGUGCUUUUAUUAUAUAUUAAAAUCUUAGAUAGCUGAGAUACUGCCUGAAAAAGGAGAAUCACUUAAAGUGCUUCCAGCAUAAAUGUAAAUUUAAAAUAACUGUAUUUAUUACAUGCUUUUCGGUGGUUUAUAGAAAUAUAUCGGUGAAAUAAAACUGGUAAUUUCACUGUUUGAAACAGUGAAAUUACCACUUUGAUAAUUUCACUGUUUUGAAUUUAAGCCCCUUACGUUGUUUCAGUGAAAUACCAGCGUUCACAGUACUGGGUACCAACUUAAUGACGUGACGUCGUAAAUGACGUCACGUUGUAUUAUUAUUUGGCGCGCUUUUCAUUCAGUAUUUGGUUUAAUGUCUUUUUAAAACGUUUCUUUGCAUAUAAUAAAAAGAAAAUUUGUUUAGUUCAGUGUAAGAUCGGAAUAUAUUUCACCUUGUGAACACCAAAAGUCCAUAUUUCACUCGUGGCUGCGCCACUCGUGAAAUAUACCUUUUGGUGCUCACUCGGUGAAAUAUAUUCCGAUCUUACACUGAACUAAACAAAUAUCCUCUAUUUAU